CGCCGCAGUCCCGCCUCCGGUCCCAGCGCAGCCGGAUGACGUCAGGAGUGGACAGUCCAUGAUGGCGGCGGAGCGGGGUGGCGGUCCCGGUUCUUCUGGGCCUGAUUACUCGGUUCUGGUGGUGGUGGGAGCGCUGCAGACCGCCGACCUACUGGAGCGGCUGUUGAGGCAAGUGGAGGCAGGUGUGCGUUGUUGGCCCGUUGAUCUGAAUGUUUCUGUUCUGGAUCAGCAGCUGAAGCUCUUCGUGUCCAGACAUUCGGCGCUCCUGUCAGCAGAUGUUACAGGCCAGCGGACUCUGCAGCACAGCGGGGACGUCCUGGACACGCAGAUCGUGGUGAAUCCCGCUCACAGCUUCGUCUGCUCAGAGGUGCGGCGCCUGGUUUGCAGCCCGUCCCGACACAAACUGCUGGUUCUGGCCGGUCAGUGCUUGGAGGUCAGCGGCGAUAUCGUGUUGCAGCAGGGCAGCUUCUCCUUUAACGACUUCAUCCACAUUUUUGCUGACGAGGAGGUGGGGGAGCUGCUGAGCUCUGCAGACCCAUCCAGAAAGGCCACCCUCACUCUCAGCGGUCCAGAGUUUGGUCUUUGGACAGAUUCCGCCCUGCGCAGAAACAACUUGCAGGAUUUCAUAAGCAUCCAGAUCAACCCGCCCCCCUCCCUCCCAGAGAUGGAAGGUCUGCAAGAGUUCACGGAAUAUCUGUCUGAGUCCCUGGAGCCCCAGUCUCCCUUCGACCUUCUGGAGCCCCCCAGCACCGUUGGAUUCCUGAAACUCUCUCGACCCUGCUGCUACAUCUUCCCUGGAGGAAGAGGCGACUCUGCCUUCUUUGCUGUAAACGGUUUUAACAUCCUGGUGAAUGGCGGUUCGGAUCCACGCUCCUGCUUCUGGAAGCUUGUCCGGCACCUGGACAGAAUCGACUCCGUGCUCCUGACUCACGUGGGCGUGGACAAUCUGCCCGGGGUGAACAACCUGCUGCUGAGGAAGGUCCAUGAGAAAGAUCUGGAAGCUGCUGGAUCUCACACCGAGGAGGACUGGAUGAAAAACCUGAUCUCCCCUGAGGUCGGUGUGGUUUUCCUCAACGCCUCAGAGAGUCUAGAGUCCAUCCAGCCGGAUCUCCACCAGCUGAGAAGUUGUGACCAGGCAGCGUUGACUCUGCAGCUUCUGAAGAGACUGUCAAUCAAACCCGAACCACUGAGUCGGCCCGACAGACCAAGCGCCGAUGCUGUGGUCUUGUUUCAGAAAAUGGGGGUCGGCCGCCUGGAGCUGUACGUGCUGAACCCCGUCAGCGGCAGUAAAGAGCUUGAAGCCUUCAUGCAGCUUUGGCCAAACAGUGGCUCCAAUGCCUCAGAGCUUCCUCUAUCGUGCCUUGUUUCCAUGUGUGCUUUGUUGGUCUGGCACCCAUUCUGUCCUCAGGAGAAGAUUGUCCGGGUUCUUUUUCCCGGGUGCACGCCCCAGGCCAAAAUUCUGGAAGGACUUGAAAAAGUCAAACAUCUGGAAUUCCUUAAAUACCCCUCUGUGUGCCUGAAGGACCUAGAAGCCUUCAAAUCCGAGAGGCAGCUAAAGCACGCAGGGAGCCGGGAAAGCCUUAAGUCCUCGUCCAAGGACGUCAGACCAGGCAGUGCCUUACAGAAAGAAAAACCCGGGCGAGUGGAGGCCAUUAAGCAAGACGCCAAAGGAAAGGCCAGGGCGGUUCACGAAAAUGCAACGAAGGAAAGACUGGAUGCAGAAGUAAAGCCCAAAACAAAAGAUGCAGAUGUUAAAUCCAAGCCUGCAAAACCUGCUGAAAAGCUUCCUCCAAACAAAAAUGUCCCUAAAGACAUGAAGAAGGAUGAGAAAAGCCCCCUCCCCGCUGUAAAGAAGGAGGAGGUCAGAGAGAAGAAGAAAGAAAACUCCAAAAAAGAACUCCUAAACACAAAACCAAAGAAAGAACUCAAAUCCGAACCAAAGAAAGAGACCAAAAAAGAUGUGAAAGCAGAGGAGAAGAAACCCCCAAAGUCAGCUGGGAAAGAAGUGAAAAGACCCACGAGCACCGAGCUGAAGAGGGGUUCAAGCAGAACUGGGAUCGUGAAGAAGGACACUCCUCUUCCAAAGAAAGACAUUUCCAACAAAGCAACUAAAACAAAGUCGGACUCAAAGGAGCAGGAUUCGUCUAAAGCAUCAGCGCCGGAGAACCCGGCAGGUGGGUUUGAUAGAGUGGAGGAUGAGUCUGGGCAGAACCUAAAGGUCCAGGCCAACGGCAACCAGCUGCCAGCAGCUGAGAGUCCAGAGAGGUUCCAGUCUGCCUCUUCAGCUCUCACUAAAACCCCAAAGGGUGAUCUUAGUGUAAACUUUGACCUUACUCCACAUCAGCCAGCAGAGGGACCACAAGCCAGGGGAGAUGCUAGUCCGAGCUCAGAAGACAAAGACUCUGCUCCCAACAGUGCUGGACACACCCCGUUCCAUCAGUCCUCUGCGGACGACUUCCAGGGUUUUGGGGAAGACAGCAGCUUUGACGCUAGAGGCUCCAGUCUGGGAUUUGAGGAUUACAACCAGGCCGGUUCCUGUAGGACCUCAGACCUGAGCUCCCUGAGGGAGGGUCCAGAAAACUCCACAUCUUCUCACGAGAAGCAGUCCACCCUUCUCACGCUGAGCCCUCUCAGGGACAUGAUGCCGGACUCCUCUCCCACCAUGACGUCGAUGCCGGCGGAAGUCGGCUCGCCUCACUCCACAGAAGUUGACGAGUCUCUCUCUGCUUCUUCGGAACAAGCGGUGGCGCCCCCCUUCUACACCAACGGGCACACCAGCGACCCGGACUGCAGCGGGGACGGGGCUCCCCCUCUCAAGUCUGCCCUCAAGAGGUGCUGCGGUAAUAGCUCAGAGGAGCAUAUCCACGGGGUUUCGGACCUGACCUCCGGUGUCCCACAUGACGUUGACCUGUGCCUGGUGUCCCCAUGCGAGUUCCACCAUCCCAGAACUGAGAGCCAGCAGCAGUACGUGAGUCCGGGCCUGGCCGCGGGCCUCUCCCCGGAGCCGUCGCACGACAACAACUCCCACGAGCAGAGCAGCAGCGACGCCCCUUCAGCUGACAGCCAAGAAACCCCGCCCACAUCUGUUAGCGAGUCCCUCCCGACAGCAACAGACUCAGACGUCCCCCCGGCCUCAGAAGACUGUCCCUCCACCACCGCAGAUUUGGAGUCUGACGACGACUCCAGUAGCUUCUUCCAUCCUGGUCAGUCACUUGACAAUUCCAGUUCAGUCUCCCACUCAAGGGCGGGGCAGCUUUCCUCCCACAACCCCCCGCCAGCCCCGCUCAAAGACCUGCCCCCGCUACCUCCCCAGCCCAGAGCCUGUAUGACGGACCCCGAGGCGGACAAGAGCCUGAAGGCCCCGGCUGGCAGAAAGAAACCCCUGCAGAGGACUGCCUCAGGGGGGUCUUCGGUCCAGAGCAGCAGAUCCAGGGCCAGUUCCUCCCUCGGGGGGAAGACGGCCCCCGCCCUCGACACCAGGUCCUCAUCUCGCAAUUUGCUCGGGGGACCUAGAGGUGGACCUGCAAAACCAGCAUCCACCGGUUCCAGGGCUGCUGGUUCUGAGGGUUCUGUUGCGUACGUGGACCUAGCCUACCUGCCGUCAUCCAGUGCUUCCUCUACUGUGGACUCAGACUUCUUCAGUCGCCUGCGCUCCUCCUACUACAUCAUAAGCGGAGAGGAUCCUGCAAAGGAAGCGUCCAUGAGGAGCAUCCUGGACGCCCUGCUGGAGGCAAAGGGCAGCUGGCCCGACGUUCAGGUGACCCUCAUCCCGACCUUUGACUCGCUGGCGAUGCACGAGUGGUACCAGGAGUCACACGAGCAGCAGAGGCAGCUGCUGGUCACCGUGCUGGGCAGCAACAGCACUGUGGCCAUGCAGGAGGAAACCUUCCCAGCAUGCAAAGUGGAGUUCUGAGCCCAAGCCCCACCCAGCUGCCCUCUGACCUCCUGCAGGGGGAGGGGUUUCUCUAUUUAGUGAGCAUGCUUCAUUAGAAACCUUGAAUUCUCCCCUCGCCUGUGUGACAUCAUAGUGCCUUCAGGAUCCACACCUUCAGCUCACCUGAAGCAAAGGUACAAACCCUUCCACGACUGAUCCUGACCAUCGAUGGACCGACUGAAACAUUCAGACAGAAACACCUGGUGACAGACAGGUGUGUUCUGCAGCACGCAUCCUUUAGCCUGACAGCUAUCUCUGCAAUCAGUUUCAGGGCAGAAGUAUUUUGUUUUAUUUUAUUUUAACGUAGUUUUAAAUGUGAAUUUUAUUAUUAGUCCAGGUUUGAGUCAAUAAUUACCUCUUGAUGAAGCUUCCGCUUUAAUGACGUCAGUCAAGCUUGCAAAAAAAAACCUCCAAGCCAGUUCACCGUCUCCACAACGGUGACUCCGCCCCCCCCAGAAUAAUUUGAAGACGCCAUCAAAAGUUCCUGCCAAACCAGACAGUAUUUCCUAAAAA